CGCAACUCCAGUGCAGAGGAUCUUUAGAACCGCCCUCCCCGGAGGCUCUCACCACUCCCAGCGCCUCAGGCAGUAUGAUUGACAGGGCAACAUUCAGGUCCGUUACAUAAAUUCGUCACUCCGGAAACAGUGACCGGAUCCUUCCGGCCCGCGCUCUCCCAGCAUCCUUUGCCUUCCGGCUGUGCUCAGUCCUGUCCGGCCAGUCCCGCCUUGCGCGCCCGUUUCGAGCCGGAGUUUCAAGCUCGGCUUUCUAGGCUCUGUGUGGGUCCUCGGGCAGUGGCAAUGGGGGCAGGAAUGGCGCAGCUAGAGGGUUACUAUUUCUCAGCUGCCUUGAGCUGUACCUUUUUAGUGUCAUGCCUACUCUUCUCUGCCUUCAGCCGGGCGCUGCGAGAGCCCUACAUGGACGAGAUCUUCCACUUGCCGCAGGCGCAGCGCUACUGUGAGGGCCAUUUCUCCCUCUCGCAGUGGGAUCCUAUGAUUACUACAUUACCUGGCUUAUACCUGGUGUCUGUUGGAGUGGUCAAACCUGCCAGUUGGAUUUUUGGAUGGUCUGAACAUAUUGUCUGCUCCAUUGGAAUGCUCAGAUUUGUUAAUCUUCUCUUCAGUGUUGGCAACUUCUAUUUACUAUAUUUGCUUUUCCGAAAGCUACAACCCAGAAACAAGGCUGCCUCAAGUAUCCAGAGAAUCUUAUCAACGUUAACACUAGCAGUGUUUCCAAUACUGUAUUUUUUUAACUUCCUUUAUUAUACAGAAGCAGGAUCCAUGUUUUUUACUCUUUUUGCCUAUUUGAUGUGUCUUUAUGGAAAUCAUAAAACUUCCGCCUUGCUUGGGUUUUGUGGCUUCAUGUUUCGUCAAACAAAUAUCAUCUGGGCUGUCUUCUGCGCAGGACAUGUCAUUGCACAGAAAUUAACUGAAGCCUGGAAAACUGAGCUACAAAAGAAGAAGGAAGAGCGGCUUCCCCCUAUCAAAGGCCCAUUUUCAGAAUUCAGGAAAAUUCUUCAGUUUCUUUUGGUGUAUUCCAUGUCCUUUAAGAACUUGAGUAUGCUUUUCCUUCUAACUUGGCCCUAUAUCCUUCUGGGGUUUGCAUUUUGUGCUUUUGUGGUAGUUAAUGGUGGAAUUGUUAUUGGUGAUAGGAGUAGUCAUGAAGCCUGUUUUCAUUUUCCUCAACUGUUCUAUUUUUUCUCUUUCACCCUUUUUUUUUCUUUUCCUCAUCUACUAUCUCCUACUAAAAUUAAGGCUUUUCUUUACUUAGUUUGGAAACGUAGAAUUCAGUUUUGUUUGAUUACCUUAGCCUCCAUAUUUUUAGUUUGGAAAUUCACUUAUGUUCAUAAAUACUUGCUAGCAGACAAUAGACAUUAUACUUUCUAUGUGUGGAAAAGAGUUUUUCAAAGAUAUGAAAUUAUGAAAUAUUUGUUAGUUCCAGUCUAUGUAUUUGCUGGUUGGAGUAUAGCUGACUCAUUGAAAUCAAAAUCAGUUUUCUGGAAUUUAAUGUUUUUCAUAUGCUUGUUCACUUCUACAGUUCCUCAAAAACUGCUAGAAUUUCGUUACUUUAUCUUACCGUAUGUUAUUUAUAGGCUUAACAUACCUCUACCACCCACAUCCAGACUUGUUUGUGAACUGGGUUGCUAUGUAAUUGUUAAUUUCCUAACUUUUUAUAUUUUUCUGAGUAAGACUUUUCAGUGGCCAAAUAGUCAGGACAUUCAAAGGUUUAUGUGGUAAAAUCAGAGAUAUUUUGACCUUUAAAAGUAGAUGUAAUAUUUAGACUGUCUCCACAAUGAAUAAUUGAUAGGUGGGAAUUAUAGAAUUUGUUUUAGGCAUAAUGGUAAUCCUCAGAUCAUAUCAGUUUUUUUUUAUUACGUACUUUAAUUGUAUGCAACAAAUACAACGAAGUUAAGUAUAAACAACUGAAAAGCUUAAGACCUGCUUCAGAAGCCAAUAACAGAAAGAUAAAAUUGUUUACAAUUAUCUC